AUGUCCUUCAGCAUGGCAAUCCGCCAAGCGCCCCCGCGCCUGGCGCAACGCAUCCCCCAGCUCACCCGAGCCAUCCACACAACCCCCAAGACGCCCCUCACCAGGAGGACAGCGACGAGCGCGACGACCUCGACCUUCUUCACCGCCCGCAAUGCCUUCCGCAACUCCGCCCGCGGCUACAUGCAGCAGGCGACCGCCGUCCAGGGCGAGAAGGCCUCGCCGCUGCGCAAGAUGCUCGUCGGCGGCGCCAUCUUCGGCGGCACCCUGGUGGCCAUCAACGCCGUCUUCAACCGCGAGACGAGGGACGACGGCGGCAUGCCCGUCUACGAGCGCGAGUACCUCAACGACACCUUCCUGCACACCGGUCUGGGCGUCGGCAUCAUCGCGCUGUCCGCGAGGCAGAUGAUCCAGAGCGGAUUCGUCUACCGCCUGAUGGUCACGAACCCGUGGGUUGUCGGUCUCGGUGGUCUGGCGUUGAGCUUCGGUACCAUGUACGGCACCCGUGCCAUCUCUCCUGACAACUACAUCCCCAAGUACGCCAUGUGGACGGCCUUCAACGCGACCCAAGCCGCCAUGAUCGCCCCGCUCCUGACGAUGGUCCCCGGCGCCCUCCUCGCCCGCGCCGGCCUCUACACCGUCGCGAUGAUGGGAUCGCUCUCCAUCGUCGGCGCCACUGCUAAGCAGGAUAAGUACCUCUACAUCGGCGGACCCCUCCUGGCCGGCCUCGGCGUCGUCAUCGCCUCCAGCUUCGCGCCCAUGAUCCUGCCCGCCACCGCCAUCCGCACGCUCGCCAUCACGGAGAGCAUCUCGCUCUACGGUGGUCUCGCCGUCUUCGGCGGUUUCACCCUGUACGACGUCCAGAAGAUCCUGCACCACGCCCGUCUGGCUGAGCGUGGCGUCAUCCGCAAGGAUGCUGUCAACGAGAGCAUUGCGCUUGAGCUCGACUUCAUCAACAUCUUUGUGAGGAUGGUGCAGAUUCUGAUGAUGCAGAACAACCGCAGGAAGUAG